AUGCCUUGGGCAUCGUCCUCCCGACCUGUGCAUGCAGAUCGCCUCCGCUGCGGGGCUGGACUUGAGCAGUCGCCAGUGUGGACUGACCCAGUGACCUUUCGGUUCCCCACUCCUCCGGCUAACUAUACCUAUGCUGGUCGGCUCGUAGUGACAGAGUACGCUCAUGCCGAGAUUUGGUCACCUAAUUCCACUUUUCUCGACUUCUACCCCGGCCGUGCCCCGCCCAAGUCGGAACACAACACUCCAUCGCCUCGAUACGAUGGGACGCUAGGCCGCUUCGAUCCGACAAUCUUCCCUCAGGCGUAUGACCCGGAUAUGCCUUGGCUUGCUUUUGCGCCAUACGAAUUGGGAAGCAUAAACGAUGGAUGGCCGGAGUUCUUUUCCCUCCUCUCCGAUCAAUACUGGAACGCGGGGAUCACGAAGUCACUGACCACCGCGUUGCGCUCACGCAAUCAUGACAUAGACAAACGCAUGGAUCGUGCGCGCCGUGACGACCUUGCGCUUCCCAAAGACCAGCGAAUCAUUUCCUCCCCCGACCCCCGAAUGAAGCGUUCGGGUACUCUUUGGGAGCUCCGGCCCAUCUUUCCAACAGAAGGGCAUGUUUCAGCCUUAGAAGGCAUUGUUGAUUAUCAGGAGUGCGUAGACGCGCUGCGUCGGGUGCAGGAUGGUCUUCGAUUCAAGUAUGCAUGGUGCAAAUAUGCCGAACUUCGCCUGCGCUUGCCCACUGAGACCACCUUUUCUCUCCGCAACCGAAACAUUCAGCUCUGCCCCUCACCUCGUUUUUUUGUUGGCGUCUGGCUCACCGCAGUCAGCGAGUUCGACGCUAUGCUCUUCCUAACCACCGGAUUAGCGCCCUGUUUUGUCCUCCACAUGUACAGCGAACAAGAUCAAUAUUCUUCACCCUCCUCCUCUCUGCCACUUCGUACUUUCAUUUCCGCCUCCGAACGCGAAGAAUACUUCACUCGCUCCUUUUGCAACCCUUAUGAGAGGGAGGCCCUUCAUCACGGCCUCCGCCUCCUAGAACUCACCGACCUUCCGGAUUCUGAGGUGCUCCCGGAAAGUCACCGCGGGGCUCGUAGCACCUUCAUCGACCCAUUAACGCAUCCCAAUGCUCAGGGUUAUCGUCUUGUUCCCGCCAAUCGCCGGUCGUCAACAAGCCAUUUUGCCAUCAUACGUACCGAGGAAUCCACGUUUUCAGCUCCCGCGCCUUCACGUCCCACGUCCUAUGAAGAUGUCUUCGAGUACAAAGGGCGUCGCCUUUCCAUGUCUCGCCGUUUGCGCUCGCUUCCUGCGCCAACCUUGAGCCAAGUUCAGCUGACCAAUCCAGACGGAUCUUCAUUCAUUUGGAUUCAACCCCCGCCGGUUGCGGCUCUGAAGCCCGGCCCCUGGACAAAAUGGAUUGUGGAGGAGGACGACGAUGAAUUUGAUCCUCGCAAAUGGAUAGUGCGUCAGGUAGGCAAGAAGAGUAAAUUGACAGAGGAUUACCCCUUCGUAAACUACGAUCGUGAAAACCUCAGGGAAAUUUAUUUUCCGCACGACUUCGUAUUUACGGCGGACGAAGGCCCUAACAAUGAGGGAUACGGACGGGCUGCUCCUAGACUGCGGUACUUUCGUCCUGAGGACAAGCACCCGCUUCUCCGACAGGUACCCCCGUCCCACUGGAUGUACCCAGAUCGCAAACCUUCCUCGCCGAAGGCUGGUGCUGUCGUGGAUCCCCCAACUACGCGACAACCUGAGCCUUCUUCGCCAUGGGUUGGCGAGGAUGACGAUGACGACGACGGGUUUGGCUAUGGUCCUGCUACUGUAUAUCGAGACCCCCAGGGCCAGCUGAGGUCCGUCCAGGAUGACGCCCUGGCAGCCUAUCAUGCCGCCUUGGCCCCUAGUACCCCGCUGCCUGGCAGUAAUCUACCGAGCAUCCCCGAGCCGGGACCGCCGAUGACGUUUGCAAAAACUCCGAGCCUCGAGCAUUCUACUGACUGA